UGAGGGAUCGCAAAGUGUCAGAUGUUCAAAUGUUAAAUUGUUACCAGUAGCAGGACUUGCAAUAUAUAGUGCACGUUACGAUUUGUGAGGAUCUACACGAACAGGUGAUUUGCCACCGACCAGGAGGUUUUAGUACACUAUCCUUGUCUUCUACUUAAAGAAUAAUCAUUGUAAUAAUUAUUAAGAGUGGUUUAAAUAAUCAUUGAUCGGAUACGGGACAUACGUUGGUUUAAGGGAAUUUAAAAAUCGAUAUGAGUACAAGUGUUGCCAAGAAAGAGGGUGGACCUCUUGGACGAAAGCAGUCACUGAUGCCAGAUGCGGCAGCCCGUAAACAGUCUAUGAUCCCGCCGGACGCUAGACGACCAUCCGUUAUUCCGCCAGACACAAGAAAAGCGUCUUUUGAUCCGCAACACGGUGCGGCCGGUCGUCGACCAUCAAUUAUGAUGAUGGACCACGCCAGAAGACCCUCUCAGGACCGGAAACAGUCCAUUGUGGAAUCGACCACAGGCCGGUCCACGAUGAUUAUGACAUCAGCACAUACGCAUCGACCAAACGUUCGUUACGAAAAUACGUAUAAAACGGAACCUGACGUCAAAUUCAGGAGUGCUGAAGUUCGCGACACUAUCAAGGAUAUUUUUGAACGUGACCUUGGUACCAUGAUAUAUGACAAAGAGAAAUGCAUAAGUUUAACUACAACAUUAUCGGAGAAAAUCAAACACUCUGUGAAGAUUCUCGGAUUUCCUCGGUAUAAGAUCGUGGUAGUAGUAGCUAUUGGACAAAAUGAGACCCAUCCCUCCAUUGCAUUUACUAGUCGCUGCAUCUGGAACCAAGGUACGGAUAAUUUUUCAGAAUAUACAUUCAAAAACGCCUCUCUGUACGCAGUAGGACUUGUUUAUGCGAUGUACAUGGACUAACGAUGGUGCUCUGUGAAAGAAUAUCAACGAAUUGAACAAUGUGAUUAAUUUAGCGGCCAUAAUGUGUGUUAUUUUACAAUGACAACUAUUAACGAGCACUUGAAAUAAUGUGCUGUGUCGCCUGUGUAUUGGAUGGACGGACUGUAUGACUGUAUAUAACAUGUACUGUGAAAUGAUAAUCCUCAAUUCCAGGCACCCCGUAAGCCUGUUGUCAAAGGUUUUAACAGAAAUAGUGUGUUGUUGAAAAUGCCUAUAUAAUUGAGUUGUGUCUAUUUACUUCCUAUUGGUGUGUCGGAUUUGUUGGAGACCCAUAAAUUCUUAUGUGAGAUGUUAAUUGAAAUUGAAAGCUAUUGAAAUCUUUGAGUUGACAGGUUCUCCAGCUUUAAGCUUUUAAACAGUUUUUUUCUUCUUGUAAAAAUUUGGUCCACUUCAUCGAUCUGACAAAAUGCAAGCCUUCCAUAUUACCUGAUUGAAUCUUUCUGAAUAACAGAGAGAAAAAUCUAUAUUAUAUUAUUUGUUUUACUCCUGCAAUAAAUAAAAUAACGAAAAAAAGAAAACUACUAUAUCACGCUGAAUCUUUUCUUUAUCAUAGCUAAAAUCAACGUCAUAGCAUUGAUCACAUAUAACUUAUGAAUAGUUUUUGUUUGAGGAAAUUUACAAUGCUUUUAAACAAAUCAAUUGGAAUAAACGGGACAUUGUUGAUAACGAUGGGGUCGUCGAAGAUUUAAAUUCACGUAUAACACAUCCCUUUUUGUCAUCGGAAGAAAAAAAAAUGAAUAUCGUGACCAUGUCCAAAGCCUCGACGCUCUGGAAUUCUGAACUUCCAUACAACCGCGCAAACAAAAGAUUCAUAAUGGAUUCUUCAAACAUCAAAGUGAAUACCCGUCUAAGUGCAUAGAUACGGU